CAAAAUAGUGACAAGGCCUAAAAAUAAUAAUUAUUGUAAAAUUCGAUUGAAAUAACGGAAUACCCGGUAUAGUUCGGUGUCAGUUUUGUCCACCGAUGUGGGCUGGAGUCGCCAGGUCUAGUUAGAGGUUUCGGUAGAUGUAAUUUGGUUGAUUCAAUCAGACACUAAAUUCGGGGUGCUCCCCGAAUGCAAGGGUGGCAGUGUGGGCCCCAUCUUUUUUUUUUCCUCUUAAAAUGCAAAAUGUCUACUGAGGAGGAGUAAAUAUUGGACGUGCCGUAUAAGUGGUCACAAGCCCUGGACUAUUUAGACUGAGAAUCCCGCACGGAGGAGUAAAAUCAUGGAAGAUGAGAAUGCGGGUGUAGGAGAAGGGAAUCAUUCCCAGGCCAAGAAAACAAAAUUGUCGGACGAACGUAAUAAACUGGAAUCGUCCACGACAGCAGCAGCAGAAGCAGUAGCAGAUGUUGUGGAAGAAUCUCACAAACAGCUGCUUCAACCAUCGACGCCAUCAGAAGCAUUAGAAUCUGCUUGUCCAGAGGAUACUGAAGGUGACACCAAAAUGUCAGAACCGGAUAAUGAAGACGGAUUCUGUAAGGACAAUCCGAUCCCGACCGUAGGCCCUCCCGAGGAAAACGAACCUUCAAACAUGAGCGUGGAGGACGAAACGGUGUCCUCUCCGCCGGUGGUGAAAAAACAGAGCGAUGGCAAGGAUGUUCCGAUAGAAGGCUCACCGGCCGAAGCUGAGGCCAAUGCCACAAACGCAGAAGAUGGGAAUGUAGCCGCUUCCGUAGGAGGUGCAGUUGAAGAUGCUAGUGCUGCUGCUGCUCCUGCUGCAGCUGCAGCUGACGGCGAUGUAGAUCCGGAAGUUCCAGCUGCAGGUGCGCUGGCCGCAGAGCGACGUAAUCGGCCAAAUAGGCCGAGGAAUCGUUUCCGCGGUCGCAAUUAUCGGCUACGAUCGAAUUCGUCCGGCUCGGAGCGGGCCGCGCAGGAUGAUUCCAAUGACGAUCCCGAUGUAGAGGCAAUGAUUAGACGUUUGGUUGAUGAGAUCAACCAGGAGAACGCGAAUGGCAGCCAUGAUGAUGAUGACAACAAUGGUAACAAUGAUGAUGAUGAUGCCGAUGACGAUGAUGGUGAUGACAAUAGUGAUACUUCUUCAGCAGAUUCGGAUGACUCGGAUUCAUCACCGGCGGUUUCCGCGGACGACGAUGAUGACGAUGACAGCGACGACAGCGACAACGAAGGUGGUUCGGAAAACAAUGCCAACGAGCAGAUUGACGUGGAGAGUCUUCACUUUAUGCAGACUGCCGGUGUAAAGAAUAACUGGAACUACUUCCGUGACAUUCAACUUCGCUCGCUGGGACUGUCGUUCCGUAACAAAGCCUCCCUGGGUGGGUUGGGUUAUAAACCGUACCAGUUUCAAUCGCGUGCCUAUGGAUCGAAGCACCUGGUGGAACGGCUGGAGAUGUCGCAUCGCCUGUGCAAACACGAGGGCUGUGUCAAUAGUUUGAACUUCAACUCGGCCGGUACGCUGCUGGCUAGCGGAUCCGAUGAUUUGAAGAUCAACCUGUGGAACUGGCAGACGAACAAGCUGAUGCAGUCGAUCAGCAGUGGACACCGUGCGAACGUUUUCCAGACCAAGUUCGUUGAUGCCUCCGGUUACCGCGGUGAAAUAGAAAUCAUCUCAACGGGUAGGGACGGACAGGUCCGGCAAAUCCGCGUUGGACCGGCAGGCGAAGUCAAGCGUACGGUAUUGUUCAAGCAAAGUCAACCCAUCCACAAGAUUGCCAUUCCGGCUCGGUGUCCCUUUGAGUUCCUGACAGCAUGCGAGGAUGGAGUGGUCAAAAGCUACGAUCUGCGCGAUAACGUGGCCAAGCGAGUAACAAAUGCCAAAAAGCGAUUAUAUAGCAUCUCCACCCAUCCACUGGACAACGAGUUUUGCGUUUCGGGUAACGACGAAUCCGUCCGGGUGUACGAUCGGCGAAACCCAUCAAAACCGAUGAAAUAUCACUAUGCUGCCCACAUGAAAACCAAAAAAGAAUACCUAACGGUAACAUGUGCGGUUUACAACAGCACCGGAACGGAGAUUUUGGCCAGCUAUAGUGACGAAGAUGUCUUCCUGUUCGACAACGUCAACCACGAGGAUGGCAAAUUCCUCCAUCGAUACAGUGGACACUGCAACAUGAAAACUAUCAAGGGUGUCAACUUCUUCGGUCCGAAUUCCGAGUUUGUAGUUAGCGGAAGCGACUGUGGAAACAUCUUCUUCUGGGACAAGGAGUCCGAAAUCAUCGUCAAUUGGCUGCAUGGCGAUGAAUCCGGAGUUGUAAAUUGCCUGGAACCGCAUCCGGAGUUUCCGAUUAUGGCCACUUCGGGACUGGAUGAUGACGCCAAAAUUUGGGUUCCACGUGGACCAGAUGAUGAGCACGAAUCGCCCGUAUUUUCCCGCGAAGGCUUGGAAAAGUGCGUUAGGCGAAAUUUGCGGAUCCGCCAGACCAGUCGUUGUGCGUCGUUCAGCGAGGAUCGCAUUCUGGAUUUUCUCAUGUUCAGCCGGCAGGGGAUUGGUGGGCGUUUACGCCGCCACUUUUCCUCGGACAGCGAAGAUCAAGCGGAUGGCGAUGGUAAUGGCGGUGGUGCCGGCGGCGGUGGAAGACGUGGAGGGCGACGUGGAGCUAGAGGUGCUGGAGGUGGCGGCGCAGGUGGAGCCGGAGCCGCUGGCGACGGUGCGGAAGACGACGACGAGAACCGUAUGAUUCUGCGAUGCAAUCCGUCGUAGAAUGUCGGAGCUAUCGCUCGAUUGGUCUGCGUGUGUGUGUGUGUGUGUGUUUGUGGCUGUGUGCGAAUGAUAAAAGGCAGCGGAGACACUGCGGAAAAAAUGUGAUUUUAUCAAAAACCUUUUCAAUACGGUUUUUGCAACUUGAAUGCGGUCGUUUCAAGCAUAUAAGCGUAAGGGAAAAUAUGUACUGAUGAAAGGGCACUCUUUUUUUAUUGUAAGCUUUUGUUUGUUUUGAAUAAAAUUAAAAGAUAUAUAAAAUGAA